AUGGCUGAGGAAAAUUCUCUUUCUGAUCAUGUACUUAAGAUGAUCAAGUUAAUUGAACAAGUGGAAGGAUUUGAUCUUUACUUGGAAUAUAGGCUCCAAGUUAAUCUCAUCCUUCAGUCCCUCUCACGAAGCUUCAAGUCUUAUAUCACCAAUUUCAACAUGAACAAAUUGGUGACGACUAUAGAAACACUUUUAAAGCUUCAUGGCUCGUUGAAAUCAUUUGAAAAGCUGAUGAAAGGGGACAAGGAGACUAUUCUUGCUAUUUCCAGUCUUGUUUAUAACAGAAACAAGAAAAAGAAAGGCAAAAAGCCUUUCUCCAAGACAUAG